AACAAAUAGACACCUGAACUGUAUUCGGAAACCGACGGAAUGCAGGUAAUUCUGUUUGCAGCUACAGUGCUCUUUACGCACGACCUCGCCGUAGCUGAGCCGAAGACGAAAUGUCCAUCCAAGUGUGAUGUGAGUAAAUGUCCGAGCCCGAGCUGUCCGAGCGGUUAUGUGCCCGACCACUGCAGCUGCUGUCUGGUGUGCAGCCUGGGCGAGGGCGCGCAGUGCGGGCGGAAGGAUGAUGCUCCGUGUGGCGACGGGCUAGAAUGUAGAUUUCCAGGCGGUAAGCGACUUUCCAAAGGUGUUUGCCAGUGUAAGAAAACUCACAGAGUGUGUGGCAGCGACGGAAAGACCUACGGGAAUGUGUGCAAGAUGAGGGUAGCCGCGCUUGAAGCGCAACAGCGAGGGCUCCCCGAAAUAACCCAAACUCACAAGGGUCCAUGUGCACCAUCAAGCUCAGGUCCUGCACAUCUGAACAGCCCAAGAUACAAGUUUAACUUCAUCGCUGAUGUGGUGGAGAAGAUUGCCCCUGCUGUGGUACAUGUCGAGCUCUUCCUCAACCAUCCGCUGUAUGGCCGUCAUGUACCUCUAUCAAGCGGUUCUGGAUUUAUAAUGACACAAUCCGGUCUGAUUGUGACCAAUGCUCAUGUGGUUGCUAGCAGCGCACCAGUCACAGGCCGCCAGCAUCUACGAGUGCAGCUACACGAUGGCCAGACAUACGAUGCCUCCAUCAGAGACAUUGACAAGAAGUCUGAUAUUGCCACUAUCAAAAUUAACCCAAAGAAAAAAUUGCCAGUGUUAUCACUGGGUCAGUCUGCUGACCUGAGGCCUGGUGAGUUUGUGGUUGCCAUUGGCAGUCCAUUUGCGCUUCAGAACACAGUCACAACAGGCAUCGUCAGCACAACACAGAGAGAUGGAAAAGAGCUCGGCAUCCGUGACUCUGACAUGGACUACAUCCAAACUGACGCGAUCACCAAUUAUGGAAACUCAGGAGGUCCGCUUGUUAAUCUGGACGGUGAGGUGAUCGGAAUAAACACACUAAAAGUGACUGCGGGGAUCUCUUUUGCAAUUCCAUCAGACCGAAUCAAUAAAUUCCUUGAUGAAUCUAACGAUAAAGAGCAGAAAGAUGUAAAAGUCCCAAAGAAAAGAUUUAUUGGAAUCAAAAUGGUCACUUUAACAGAGAACCUAGUCCAGGGAUUAAAAUGGCAUAAACCAGACUUUCCAGAUAUCGGCAGUGGAAUUCUUGUCCAUGAAGUUGUCCCAGACUCCCCAGCUCAGAAAGGUGGGCUCGAAACAGGUGAUAUUAUAGUGAAGCUAAACGGCCAUCCUUUGGUCAACACUGGAGAACUACAGGAGGCGAUUCAGGAAGACAUGCCCCUCCUUCUGGAAGUGCGGCGUGGUAAUGAUGACCUACUAUUUAACAUUGAGCCUAAUAUCCUCAUGCAGUGACAACGUCAGAGAUGGGGAAUCAGGAGUGAUCAGAAGGACAAACACAAGUGAAGCAGAUUGCUAGAGACCUAAGUGUGCUCGAGUUUCUACAGAUGAAUGAAGUUAGAGGAGCAGAUGUCAUUGCAUCUGGGUUUCAAAGGACAAAUGAAGGAAAAAAGAACAAUUGCCUACCGAACUAUUUUUGACCAUUUAAAAAAAAAAACUGAAUGUUUUUGGCACAUGAAGUGUAUUAUUUUAAAUGUAUAUGAUACUGUUGCUUACAGGAAAUAACACCAGUCACAGUGUUCUUUGCACACAGCUUUUGUCAAGGCAAUGGCUGAUAUUGUUUAUCAGUUUUAUUGAAAGCAUAAUAUUUGUAAAAUGAAUAUGUAUUUUGAUAAGUGACUCAGAUAUUCUUUUUUAAAGUUGACUUAAAGUGUCUGACAGUUUUACAAUUUACAAGGACUUUAAUGAUUGUAAUCAAAUGUUUAGGAUUAUCACAAUUAUUUUACUUAUUUGUACCACACAGUGAAUUCUGGAGCAGGAACAGC